CUGCACUGGUCGCAACGGCAAAAUCACUUGCCGCCAGCAGGCUAAAGGUUUAAAAUGUCGAAAAACUUCAGCGUAAAGGGAAUUUUGUAGAAAUGUGUGAAGUAGACAACAUCAUGAUCGUGUUUGUGAUAUUCAUGGAUUUGACAUAAAUAGAUCUGUACAGAUUAGAUAUUGAACUUAAGAAAUUUAUCUGUAUGUGUCCAUUUAUAUUCAAGUUCGUUUUAUCAAUGUCCUGACAUAUUUGUCUAAAUACAGCAAUAUCUGAAUAGCGUGUCAUGAUUUCUGAUUUUUGUCUUACUUUUUUCCAAACUGAUUUUGUAAAAAUGUGGCAUAUGUAAGAUAAAUGAGCUUGGAUGCAAUGUAAACAAUCACAGAUAUGAGCGGAAAUUAAAUGUCAUGAAAGUGACAGUGUGGUUCAUUAUUCUGGGAAAUUAAGGUGGAUAUAGCCAGUGAAAGCUAAUAGGUGUUUCGGAUUUCUAGAAACAUAAUCAUAGAAUUACUUCAAUAGAAAAUAUAUGUACAUUACUUUAUAUUCUUUUAGACUGUUUAAAUAUGUUUUUCAUCAUCACAGCUUUCUAAGAUUUCUUAGAAAAGUAGAACGAUCUCAUUUUGUUUUGAAAACUGUGACAGGUAGAAAAUGGCAUGUGAACCAGGAACAGAACAGACGGUUUCCGAGGAUUAUGAUCCAUAUCUGGUACAAAAUAUGACGGCUUUAGAUUUGCCGAGGGAUAUUCCAAAAUGGGAGAUAGGCUUGAAAGUAAGCUUCUAUCUCUUAGCGUUUUUAAUGGAUAUUGUCGGAAACAGCAUAGUGAUCCUUAUAGUUUUCAUUAAUAAACGUAUGAGAACAACGACAAAUGUUUUACUUUUGAAUUUGGCAGUAAGUGACAUAAUGGUCGGAUGUUGCUGCAUGUGGGUACAUGCUGGAAAUAGUAUAACAAAAGAAUGGCCCUUUGGUCCAAAUGUUUGCAAAGUGAAUACCUUUAUGCAAGUGCUUGCAGUAACAUCUAGCGUUCUAACACUCACGGCUAUAUCUGUAGAACGUUUCAUUGCAAUCAUGUUUCCUCUGAAUCGACGUCUGACCCCAGUAUUCACAGCCAUAGUAAUUGUUACAAACUGGAUUAUAUCAGCUGGAAUGGCUUCACCGCAUCUUGUUGUACGCAGACAGUUUGAGUAUUUCUGGGCAGACAGACAUGAAAUUUGGUGUGAAGAAGUGUGGCCAAAAGUGAUCAUAGACGAAGAAUGUCAUACGGAAAUGCCAGGCAGAACUAUAUAUUAUACAGUUGUGUGCGUGGUUCUGUACUUUAUUCCAAUAUUCAUAAUGAUGUGCACCUAUACGCUGAUAUUAGUAAAAUUGAUGUUACGUAAAAGACCUGGCACCGUGAUCACAGCUACAAAACAAGCACUGGAUAGGUCUAGAAAAAAGGUGAUUCGAAUGUUGGUAGCGAUACUGGCUGUGUUUAUUAUAUGUUGGACGCCUCAGCAAGGCUUCAUUUUGUGGGACAUAUAUGGUGUGAAAGACAAAGAAAUUGAUGAUAACGUGCUAAGAACAAAAUACGCCGCGGUUUAUAUCGCCUACUUCAACAGUGCCUUAAAUCCCAUACUUUAUGGCGGUUUCAACGAAAACUUCAGAAAGGGCUUCAAAGAUGCAUUUAAAUGUAUUUUAUGGAAGCGGAGAAAUACCAUUGCACCUUUGUUGCCAGAACAGGAUAUCCCACGAAACAACCAAGGCUCUGUGAAUACCACCCCCUUUGGGACGUCAGUUGUUUGAAUUCAUAUGAUUGUAUUGUAUAUCAUUAUUUGAAAUAUGUGUUUAAAGGAAAAACAUUGUGUAUAAAUCAGUAAUACUUAGUUUUACGGAACCGUUUUGUACUAAUGUAAGAAUAAGUGUAAUGGUAUCAGUACAAAUGUUUACAACGUAAGCGACAUUAACAUAAGUUAAAACGACUAUUAUUUAAGGAUGUAGGAGCGAUUUUUUUCUUACGUUAAGAUUUUUUUCAUACUCUGUGAGCUUGAAGAACAUUAAUUUCUAAGACAAACAAGAUAAGAAAAAACACAGGUCACCGAACUCGUUUUAUUUUUAUAGGGCAUUUUCUUCACCCACUAAGCAUUUCUGAAAUUUUGUAAAAUUGAAAAAAAUGGUGGGACGUUAUAAAACAUAUAAUAUCCCAUUUAAUGUUAUAGGGAUUUCAUGUCUUACAGGUUAAUAUGAAUACAAGGUGAUGUCAGUAUUAUAUCAUCAGCAUAAAUGUCGCUAACAAUUCUCUUUCAUUUUUACAUGUUGACAAACUUACCCCACCCACUUUAUUUUCAGUGGAAAAAGUGUAUUUAGAUCUGCAAAAAAAAUUCUGACGGUAAGAAUUUCAAAAUAUUUUGCAGUUUUAAUGACACACAAAAAUGCUUCAAAACGGAAAGAAAAAAGGUUGGGGUCACCGUGCAUCUAAGAGAUUUAUUAGGAAAAUACUGUUAAAAACUGGUGAAUUUUGAUAUUUUUUUGUUUGUUUUGUUUUAAUCUAUAUUUUCUAGAUAAAAAAAAAUGCUAUCUUGAAAAGUUUAAUUUCGAUUAUUGCUUAUUGUUAUAUGUAUCAGUCAGGAAAAUAUCAAAACCAAACCUGAUCUACUUUCAUAGAUAUUUGAAAUUACCUACCCCUACCCCACUGAAAUCUUACGUCAAAUUUAGGCAAAUGCCAGCCAAAAAUAAGGGUGAAUUUUUUUUUGCAAAAAGUAGAAUUUAUUUGGUUAAAUGGUACAUUAUUAGUCAUAUUUUAAUUAUUUAACGUUAAUUUUUGGCAAAACUUUUGUUAAAAAACAAUAUUCUAAGAAACCUUUUUCAAGAUGGCGGAUAUCAUGAAAAAACAACAACAAAAAAUCGCUCGUACAUCCUUAAGCAAUAAGUAUUUAGUAUCUGAGUAUUUAGUAUCUGAGUACAUUUAUCAAAUUGAUAUUUACUCCUUUCGUUUCGGUUAUUUGAUUUCAAUCUUCGUAUCUUGAAAUACAUACAACAAUCAUUUAGAUCUAGAUGUUGUUACGGUGCCCCUAAAGUGACAUGUUACACACUUUUUUCCAAUUAGGUAA